AUGGCCGCCCGCCGCUGCUGCCCCUUGGCGACGCUUCUGGCCGUGCUGUUGGUGACGUCAUGCCUCGCACCGCCCGCCGACGCCAACGCCGUCAGCGUGUGCAUCCGCAACUGCGCGCAGUGCAAGAAGAUGUACGGCCCCUACUUCGAGGGGCAGCUGUGCGCCGACGCGUGUCUCAAGUUCAACGGCAAGAUGAUGCCCGACUGCGAAGACGCCGCCUCCAUUGCGCCCUUCCUCAACAAGCUGGAGUAG